UGGGGGUAAGAGAGAUGAGUAUAAAAGUGUUGCUGUGAGGAAUUAAGGGGUAUUCCUCAAGAGAAAAUACAUCCAAGACUUCUAACUUCAUAAUUAUCUUUCCCGCAGACAGAUAAACAAGCCCCAGGAUGAGGAGCCUCCUUCAGAUUUUGGCACUCUGUGCUGCGGUCUCCUUCUGCAUCUGCUAUGAGUCUCAUGAAAGCACAGAGUCCGUUGAAGAUCUGUUUGUGCCUCCAAACCAAGCCAACUCAUUCAUCACACCACAGAGGGGUAACGUAUACAACCCACCCAGACGAAACGGCCACAACUAUAACUUCAUGAGGACGAUAAAGUCCCCAGCCGAGAGGCGUGCAGAGACCUGCGAGGACUACUCUCCUUGCCGCUUCUACGCCUAUCGCUACGGCUUCCAGCAGGCCUACCAGAGAUACUUUGGCUCCCGAAAUACCCCUCAGAGACCAGCUACAACUCGUCGAUACUAGACAGACAAUAUCAGUCCGUCAAACGCAGCAUCAUCAUUGCCGUCUGGGAAUGAAUCCUUCGUUCCGCAUAUCACGACUUUUAUAUAAUUUAUGUAGUUGUUUUUGUGGCCUCUCUUUGGAUGUGAAACGAGUCCUGGAAAAAAACACAUUUUUAUAAACACGGAGGCAUCCAGUGCGGCUCACAGCCCGUCAUUACGCACAUGUAGAAAUUCAUGGCCCAUCUCUUGUGUAAUCUCAGGAUAAGUUUUUAUCCACUAUUAUCACACUUUCACAGCAUUUAGGGGCUUUACGUGACACGCACGAGUGCAGUGCUCACUAUCCACUGUUUCUUACAUUAUCUAUAUUUAUCCAGGCCAGCACUACUGUCAGUGAUUAUUGCCUUUGCUUUGAAAAUAAAUAAAAUUCCCUUUUUUGGGGUUUUGUCUUAA